GUUCUGAUUGGUCGAUCCGUGGAAUCUUCUAGAAGCUUCAUUGACCCUGUUUAAAAGCCGGCCAUCUUGGCGUUCCUCCUGAUUCCAUUUCCGUUCCUGAAGCCGUUAACACGUCAAGAAACCGUUAAAUUUUCAAGAAAACUCAAGAAAAAAAACCAAAAUGGCUAAAGCACCCGCUGUUGGUAUCGAUCUGGGAACCACCUACUCGUGUGUGGGGGUUUUCCAGCACGGAAAAGUGGAAAUCAUCGCCAACGACCAAGGCAACAGGACCACACCUUCCUAUGUCGCCUUCACCGACACGGAGCGUCUCAUCGGAGACGCGGCCAAGAACCAGGUCGCCAUGAACCCCAAUAACACAAUUUUUGAUGCCAAACGUCUUAUUGGGCGUCGAUUCGACGAUCCCGCCAUUCAAGCCGACAUGAAACAUUGGCCUUUUGAUGUCCUCAACGACGGCGGCAAACCCAAAAUCAAAGUCGAAUACAAAGGCGAAUCUAAGACUUUCUAUCCUGAAGAGAUCAGUUCCAUGGUACUUACAAAAAUGAAGGAAACUGCCGAAGCCUAUUUAGGCAAAUCGGUCACAAAUGCCGUUAUCACCGUACCAGCCUAUUUCAACGAUUCGCAAAGGCAGGCAACUAAAGAUGCCGGUACUAUUUCCGGCUUGCAAGUUUUGCGUAUUAUUAACGAACCUACGGCUGCUGCCAUUGCCUACGGUUUGGAUAAGAAGGGAACUGGGGAACGUAAUGUCUUGAUUUUUGAUCUGGGUGGUGGUACUUUUGAUGUGAGCAUUUUGACCAUUGAGGAUGGCAUUUUCGAGGUCAAGUCCACCGCUGGUGAUACGCAUUUGGGUGGCGAAGAUUUCGAUAAUCGAAUGGUUAAUCAUUUCGUGCAAGAGUUUAAGAGGAAGUAUAAGAAGGAUUUGACUUCGAAUAAGCGGGCUUUGCGUCGGUUGAGAACUUCGUGCGAAAGGGCGAAACGUACGCUUUCGUCCUCGACUCAAGCUAGUAUCGAAAUCGAUUCACUGUUUGAAGGGAUUGAUUUUUACACUUCCAUCACUCGGGCUCGUUUCGAAGAACUCAAUGCUGAUCUUUUCCGCUCGACUAUGGAACCGGUGGAGAAGUCAAUCCGUGAUGCUAAGAUGGACAAGAGUCAGAUCCAUGAUAUAGUGUUGGUUGGAGGAUCCACACGUAUCCCCAAAGUACAAAAACUCCUCCAGGACUUCUUCAAUGGGAAAGAAUUGAACAAGUCGAUUAACCCUGAUGAGGCUGUUGCCUAUGGAGCUGCCGUCCAAGCCGCCAUUUUGCACGGUGAUAAGUCGGAAGAGGUUCAAGAUUUGCUACUUUUGGACGUUACUCCACUUUCAUUGGGUAUUGAAACAGCAGGCGGUGUGAUGACUGCUUUGAUCAAGCGUAACACUACUAUUCCAACCAAACAAACGCAAACUUUCACCACCUACUCUGAUAACCAACCCGGUGUAUUGAUCCAAGUGUACGAAGGCGAACGAGCGAUGACUAAAGACAAUAACCUUUUGGGUAAAUUCGAAUUGACUGGAAUCCCACCGGCACCAAGAGGUGUUCCCCAAAUCGAAGUCACCUUUGAUAUUGACGCCAACGGGAUUUUGAACGUCACAGCCAUCGAGAAGAGCACCAACAAGGAGAACAAAAUCACCAUCACCAAUGAUAAGGGACGUUUGAGCAAGGAAGAUAUCGAACGGAUGGUCAACGAAGCCGAGAAGUACCGUAACGAAGAUGAGAAGCAGAAGAGUACCAUUGCGGCGAAGAACGGUCUCGAGUCGUACUGCUUCAAUAUCAAGAGUACCAUGGAAGAUGAGAAGGUCAAGGAUAAGGUCAGUGAUUCUGAAAGGCAGAGCGUGCUAGAUAAAUGCAACGAGGUUAUUGCCUGGUUGGACGCUAACCAAUUGGCCGAGAAGGAGGAAUACGAACAUAAGCAGAAGGAGUUGGAGAAUUUGUGUAAUCCCAUCAUUGCCAAGAUGUAUCAAGGCGCAGGAGGUGCUCCAGGAGGUAUGCCCGGUUUUCCAGGGGCUGGAGGGGCCGCUCCAGGUGCUGCACCUGGAGCUGGAGGUGCUGGACCUACCAUCGAGGAGGUCGAUUAAGUCGUUGCUUCAUUCCAGUUUUUUACAGUAUUACAUGGUUUUGUUUGUUAACACCAAAGAAAUUCAGUUUUUGUCCAGUUUUUUUCAAUAAAUUCGUUUGGAAUCCA